AUGGCCACUGGAGACACGGCGCCUCCGCCGCUCUCCAUCCCUCCCCCGCCGACUGAACCACUUUCCGACGACGAUGGGUCCAGUCCUCUGAGCGACGUCGAGGACAAGGACGAUGACCCUGACGACAUUCACGGCCGUAGCCCCAUCGCAAACCACCACGAUGACGAACCGAGCUCGCCCGACAACCUAUCCGACGCCAACGACACCGAAGCCGAAACGGAGCGCCUCUACGACACGCCCAGGAAUCCCACCCGCCACAAAGACGUCCCCCUUGACCAGUCCGCGGCAGGCAGUGUCUACGAGCGCACCCCGAGCAAGCUGCGUCAAGCCAAUAGCACCGUCGCCGGCGGCAAUUACGACGACAGUGGGCGCCUCUCUGACGAAGACGUCUCAAUGGCCUCCAGUCCACCUGCGCAACCACUCGAAGCCCCCGAGAAGCUGCAAUCACCGACGUUGGAUAUCUUAGCCGAAGCAGCAAAUCAAGAAGCCGAAAACCGAAAGCGGAAACGUCCACCAGUAGAACUAGGAGCCGCCGAGCCGGAGCAGCCCUUGCGCAAACGAACAGAGUCGGCACCCCCUCCCAGUCAAGAAGUUCCGGACAAUGAUAUCGCCAUGGCAGAUGAGGAUGACCCUUCAUCGAACACUAACAGCGGCGAACACUCUGCUGAUGAGGGAGUUAAUGCGACUGCGGGUGACGACGAGGUGGAUAAGCCUCCACCUGGAGCUCCAUCGGAUCGGGAGACCGGACCUAGGAAGCCGACACGGAGCAGUUCGAGGAAGCUCAAAGGUCCAGAAGAUAAAGCGGAACGCGGUGUAUCUCCCGAAGCUGGCGUCGAUGGUACAGCGCCCGAAGAAGACGGGGCGCAUACGGGCGACGACGAGCACAUGGAAGUCGAUGUAGAUGGGGAGGCAGAAGCAGCUCAUAAGAACGAAGAAGAACGUAUGGCAGACCUCUCGGGCUAUCAUAUAGCAGCAACAGCUAACUCGCUCGGAAUAGUUGAAAGAAAAAGGGCCGCUUUCGAGCAGCUAUCGAGUAUAGAGAAACGCUUCGCUACCUUCAGAGAUAGACUUUACGAGGAAAGACUGGAGCAGCUCAAUCAAGAAGAGGCGAUGUUGCGAUCCGACAACCCUACACACCCCGAGUAUCUCGCCAUGAUGAAAUGUAUAGACGCUAGGAGAGACGAGAAACUGCGCGUAGCAGAUCGCGAACUCGAGCUGCGCCUGGAGAUGCUGGAGAGGUUGGGUGUUGCCAAGCGCGCGCAAAUCCACUCACAGUAUUUCCAGGCGGUCAGAGAGUCCCGAGAGACGGUGUUGGCUGAACUUGGCCAACAUUGGUACGACAUCCAGCACGAGCGACGGAAGCACGCCGAUAAUGUACCCGAAUACGGCAUUCGAUUUCCCCAAACGCAUAACGAGCACGUAAGAAAUGCGUUGGCGUACAACAAGGAGGUAUCGAUUCUAUCUGGCAUCGCCAAGUACGAGGGAAUGCCAGCAGCUCCAGACAUGCCAGGAGCUUCCCUGUCCGAGGUAGAAGACGACUUCGAUGCUAUGAACAGAGGUCGUCAGCAAGCACCGCGGCAUUCAGUACCCAGGCCAAGCUAUACUGAUUACCGCGGUGUACCCUUUGGAGAACCUCUAGGGCCAGCGGCAGAGCAGUUCCUGGAGCAAACGCCAUGGGCAAAUCCCAACCACCCAUCCAACGCCUACCUUCUCCAGCGCCAGCAUUCAGCCCAGCAGGAGACGCAAGCGGCAGCAAGUGUGUUGACAAAUGCGUCUGCCGGGUCAAGGCGGCAAACCAGUCAACCGAACCCCUUUUCGAUAUCAUCAGCCAGCCAACCUUUCAACGGCAACGCGAAGCCAUCCAAAAGCAUACCCAGGCAAGAUUCGGAGUCGCCCGAAGUCACGCGAGCUGCGAAUGUGUUAGAACAGACGAAAGCCCGGAGCAUGAAGGCAGCGGAGACAGCCGCGAAACGCGAGAAUGGCCAGCGAGUCGGCGGGUUCUAA